AUGGGAGGCCUUCUUGAAAAGAUUGCGAUGUCUGCAGAUGAUAAUUUGGAAACAUUCACACUUGUUUGGCUCGAUGCUUCCGUUAACACAACUGAUGAAAAUCGUGACGCUCAAAAUUUACUUAAAAAAACUAUUCAUCAGUUAAAAGCGUUUCAAGAUCCUCCACAGUGUGAAAAAUACAUAUUAAGUUUGCCGGUGGAAGAUCGGGUUGUUUUGAUAGUGAGUGGGCAGUUAGGUCGAGAACAUUUGCCUAAGUAUCACAGUUAUCAGCAACUCUUAUCGGUAUAUGUGUAUUGUUACAAUCAAGAAUUAAAUGAGCAAUGGGCUGUUACAUAUCCAAAAAUAAAAGCUGUCGUUACAAACUUAAAUGAACUUAUUGCUCGAAUCCAAUUUGAUCAUGAAAAACGACAAGAAUCAAGAAUUUACGAAUCAUUACCAAUUAGUAUCUUCGACCCGCAGAUUCCUCAUGAGAAACUUACGGCUAAUCUUCAAGGUCAACUCGUUCAUUCGCAGUUAUUAAUUAAUUGUCUCCUUAGAAUGGAUUCGGACAAGAAUGAUAAGCAAAAUUUAAUCGCCCUAAGCAAAACCGUUUACAGAAAGAAUCGAACAGAGUUGAAGGCUAUCGAUGCUUUUGAACGAGAUUAUGAGCCGCAGCGGGCUAUUUUCUGGUAUACGAAAAAUUCAUUUGUUUCUCGACUAUUGAACAAAGCUCUUCGUAUUCAAAAUAUCGAUAUUCUAUUUGUAUUUCAAUUUUUUAUUGUUGAUAUUCGACGACAGCUGGAAAAAUCUCAAUGUAAAGCACGGGUAACUGUUUAUCGUGGCCAAUUAAUGUCAAAGAACGAAGUUCAGAAGUUAAAAAGUUCUCUUCACCAAUUUAUCUCAAUCAAUUCGUUCCUUUCAGCUACUAAGAAUUCCCAAACAGCUAUUUCAUAUCUGCAGAAUGCUGAUGGCUUAGAAAAAGUAUUAUUUGAAAUUAAUGCUGAUCCUGCAUUUAGCGGCGAUAAGCCAUUUGCUAACAUUCAAUCAUUCAGUGCCGAUCAAGAAGAGGAAACACUUUUCAUGUUGGGAUCGAUUUUUGAAAUCGUUGAUGUUUCUGUUGUGAAUAACGAGAUAUGGAAAGUUAGAUUAAAAUUAUUUUCUGACAAUAAUGAACAAAUUAAUUCGAAUCAGAUGCAAAAUCAGAGUCACACUCAACUUCUUGCAUUUGGACAUGUGCUGAUCACGAUGGGGAAUGUGCAAGAAGCACAGAUAUAUUACGACCGUUUACUUAAAAUACUUCCAAGCAAUGAUCCAGAUCGAGCUCGCUGCUUGGAAGCACUCGCCAGUUUAGCUGAUGAAAAAAAGGAAUAUCAGAAGAGCCUUGAAAUAUACGAAGAAGUUCUCAAAAUAAAUAAACAUACAUACGGCGAACAAAGCUCAUAUACUGCAUCGAAUUACAAUAGUAUAGGAGAAGCAUAUCGGAAGAAAGGUGAUUAUGAUAAAGCACUCCGGUGUUAUGAAGACGCAUUGAAAAUUUUGGAGCCAUAUACACAGGGUAAAGAGCUUCUACAAAAGGCUAUAUCUUUGAAUAGUAUUGGUAUCAUUCAUCAAGAAAAAAAGCAAUAUAUCGAAGCACUCAAGUAUUAUGCGAAAGCACAUGAAAUACGCCUACACUACAAGCCCCGUGAUGAAACAUCUUUAGGCAUGUCUUUAAAUAACAUUGGCAAUGCUCAGUAUCUUCUUACACGUUAUGACGAUGCACUAUAUUACUAUCAAGAAGCUCUUAAAAUCUAUAAAACUACUCUUCCACCAAACCAUCCAAAGGUUGCAUCGGUUUAUAACAAUAUAGGUGCCAUCUACGACGACAAAAAGAAAAUAAAUGAAGCCUUAGCUUUUUAUAUGGACGCUUACAAAAUUUAUGCUAAUAUAUAUUCUGAUACGCACCCAAAUCUAAUCAAAAUAAAGGAAAACAUCGAUCGUCUACAGUCUCAAGCUAAACGUUAG